CAGGUUUGAGUUGAGAUUCUCUGCUUGGUCAAAAAUUUGGAAAGACAUGGAUGGGAAUGGCUCUGGAAGCGAAAGUCUUGAUUGGAAUACCGAUGAUGAAGUGGAUAUUCGUUCAGAAACUGAAACAUCUUCUCAUCCAACUCUACCAACUCUUAGUGGAGCUAUAAUUGGCAACGGGGAGGCAAGCACAUCUAAUUCUGCUUCUCGUACUAUGUUGAUUGCUCAUUUCGUCGGAAUGGGCUUUUCGGAUAAGUUGGUGUCGAAAGCCAUUGACGAAAAUGGAGAAGGAGACACAGAGUCAAUUUUGAACACUCUUUUAACAUAUUCGAGUCUUGAAAACUCUCCUGAAGACGAAGAACAAUGUAACAUCAAUUCUGAACCGAGCUCUUCGGAUUUCAAUGAAACAUUCGUUGAUGAUUACAAUGACAACUUUCUGGAUGAAGAUUCAGAUGCGGACAGUUGGGGCGAAAAUGAAGUUGAAGUCAAAAUCAAAACUGAGCCUGAUUCUGCGCUUGCAACUUUGUCUGAGAAAGAUAACAAAUUGCUGGCUUUAGCAAGUAUGGGAUACACCCGGGAAGAGGCUUCAACGGCUAUGGAAAGAUGUGGCCAGGAAGCUUCCAUUCUCGUUUUGACUGAUUUCAUAUGUGCCGCUCAAGUGGCUAGAGAGCAGGACUGUUACUUGCCCGAAGAGACGAAGCGCAUCUACAACGGGAGCAACCCAAUGAAGAAGAGGAAGUUAAUUGAGAUGUGCAAGAAGAAAGUUGGAGCAGAAGACACCAUACGCCUGCCUAAUCCGAUGAUAGGAUUCGGCGUCCCUUCUCAGCCUCUCGAAGAUUUUCGACGCUCUUUGCCAGAAGCAGCAAAAGGGCCCCCAUACUUCUACUACGAGAACGUGGCACUUGCACCUAAGGGAGUGUGGGACACCAUAUCCAGAUUCUUGUACGAGAUCGAGCCGGAGUUUGUGGACUCAAAGUACUUCUCAGCCACUGCCAGAAAGCGAGGAUAUGUCCACAACCUCCCGAUCAAGAACCGGUUUCCUCUCAUUCCACUGCCGCCUCUUACUAUCCACCAAGCCUUCCCUUUGACGAGGAAGUGGUGGCCUGCGUGGGACCCACGAGACAAGCUGAACUGCAUACAGACUGCUAUUGGCAGUGCCAAGCUGACCGAGAGGAUUCGGAGCGCUUUGGAGCGUUACGACAAUGACCCCCCCGAAUCAGUCCAGAAAUUCGUGAUCGAGCAGUGCCGGAAGUGGAAUUUGGUUUGGGUGGGGAGGAACAAGGUGGCCCCACUAGAGCCCGACGAGGUGGAGAUGCUGUUGGGGUUCCCGAAGAACCACACCAGAGGAGGCGGCAUAAGCAGGACUGACAGAUACAAAUCACUCGGAAACUCUUUUCAGGUUGACACAGUAGCUUACCAUCUAUCUGUUUUGAAAGACAUUUUCCCAAACGGCAUAAACAUGCUUUCCCUCUUCUCGGGAAUUGGUGGGGCCGAGGUCGCCCUUCAUCGCCUCGGAAUCAAGCUGAAGAAUGUGGUCUCGAUCGAGAAGUCAAAGGUCAACCGAGACAUUGUGAGGAGUUGGUGGGAGCAGACUAACCAGACAGGUAACCUGAUCGACUUUGACGAUGUUCAGCAGUUUGAUGUAGACAGAGUUGUACAGAUUAUCAACAAUAUAGGUGGAUUCGAUCUGGUAGUCGGUGGAAGCCCUUGUAAUAAUUUGGCUGGUAGUAAUAGGGUUAGUCGGGAUGGUUUGGAGGGAAAAGAAUCUGCACUCUUUUACGAUUAUUUUCGAAUAUUAGAUUUGGUUAAGUGUGUGAUGCGUAGUAGGGAGUAGUAGAAGCUUCAAUUUUGAAGCAGAUUUUAUUGGUUAAAACUUUUGGGCUAAAUGUUAUUUAUUUAUGGAUUUUGUUGUUACACUGCUAAUUAUUGCCUAAUUUGAGAUGGCUCCAUUUUAGU